AGGGCUUUGGCCUUUGGGGCAAAACGUUUCUUAGUUACACAGUUACGUUGAUACACUGUCUCAGAGAGUAGCUAAAAACACACUCGAUUUUCAUCGUUCAUUUUGAUUGUGUCUAAAGUGUACGUAGACUCUAUACGUUACUGUUCUGUGUUGUGUGAAAACUAGACGAAUCCAGUGAAAAAUAAUUUAGGAGAAGUGUCUCGUCAAGGUGUACAUCAGUUGGAUACUCAUUACACCAUCAAAACUGGGCCAUCAAAUAAGUCCACUUGGGCAGCAUAGUUUUCCGGUGAAGAUGACAACCUCAACCCGUCUCAAGGAAAACGAGAAUUUUCAGCAGCGGAAAACAACGCAACGCCCGUCUACUGAAGUUCAAUGUUGCCAGAUGAAAUUUCUGCAUAUACUAGCCUGCGCCGUAGCGUGCCUAGUCAUAUUAGAACUUUACAUGGAGUCUGAGUUAGGUAAUCUAAAACAGAAAGUAGCGCAGUUAGAUGCAGAGACUCGCGAGCAACAGGAUCUUUUGCGGAAGUGUAACACUUGUUCGCGUAUUCAACAUCGCAAUAGUAUCACCGGACAUGCUCCAGGGAUCAGAAAUAGCGUUGGAGAUCACAAGACUUGCUUGGAGGCUCUCACAGCGGACCCUACAUUGGAAUCUGGAAUGUUUUGGAUCGAUCCCGAUGGUCAAGGAAGUGGAGACGGCCCCAUUUACGUGUACUGCAAUAUGACCACAGGAUCAACAUCAGUGCUCCAUGACAACGAGGAUGCAAUCGAUAUCGACCACUGUUUCGAUCCUGGAUGCUAUUCCCGACCAAUUAAGUACAACGCUACGCUAAGACAAAUGACGGUGCUUAGUGAACUCUCAGAAGUGUGCCAACAAUCCAUUCAAAUCGACUGUUUCAAUGCCGCUUUCGAAUUUAACGGCAUUCAUUACGCUUGGUGGAACGACCGUAAAGGAGAUCCACAUUAUUUUUGGUCUGGGAACAAUCAAAAUAUAAGUGGCGAUGGCCGAUACCACACUUGCCAGUGUGGACUGGAUGGAACUUGUAAAGACAAAAGUCUUUCAUGCAACUGUGACAGCGAUUUGGCCAUCAAGUCAUCAGAUAUUGGAACUUUAACGGACAAAGACUUGUUACCCGUGACUAAAUUGAAUUUCGGACGGACUGUUGCCCCAGCAUCGGUCAACCGUCACACGCUCGGUCGGUUCGAGUGUAGCGGAAAAGUUGUACUCAACGGGAUGCCUUCCUCUUGUCAAGAUCUUUGGCGGAUCGGAUAUACCCUGAGCGGAUUGUAUUCCAUCAAAGGAUCGUCUUCCAACAAAGUUGAAACAGUUUACUGUGACUUCAGCAAGGAACCUGACAAUCAAGGAUUUCAAACGUGGGUUGGAUACACCGAUGUUAAAUCAGAAAAUGUUUACUUCAACGUUCAAAGAGAAACUAGAUAUAACAGUGGCAAUGGCCGGCUACUACCAUUCGAAAAAGAAAUCAAUAAUGUAGGAAAUGCAUUCAACUUGAAAUCAGGAGUCUUCACUGCUUCUCGCAAUGGGACAUACGUGUUCUACUUGUCAAUCUUCGUAAAUUAUUACGGUUCCCCAUUGCUUUCUCUUCGAUUGAAUGAUGCAGCUAUUGCCUCUUGUGAGAAGACUUCUUUCGGCGCUUCUGAUUGGCAUUGCAAUAUCCCAUACACAUUGAAAUUAAAACCAGGAGAUAGAGUUCAUGUUUCUGUGAAGGAGGGGUCAAUAGAUAAUGCCUACUUCACUGGAUUUUUACUUUCAGAAGAUAUUUUCUCGUCUUAAUUUCAUUCAUGAUUAUGCUGUAUUUUAAAUAACCAAUGUUAU